AUGGAAGGAUCAAUACCUGCGAGCGUCAUUGCCGAGUUAGCAGGUCAGGCUGAGGCAGAUCCUCAACUUCCUCGGCAGAAUCCUUCAGUGUCUUUCUGGCAGCUUCCACCCCAUCCCACACUCUCGGAGGUGCAGUCCGAGGAGUUACCUGAGGCCACAGAUUAUGCCAUAUUAGGAUCAGGUGUAACAGGCUGCAGUAUCACUAAGACGCUUCUUGAGGCGUCCGCCCAAUCAUCCAAAGCAAGUUCUGUGACUGUUUUCGAAGCACGCACUCUCACCAGCGGUGCCACUGGCCGGAAUGGGGGAGUACUAGCAUCUUUCGUGCCGGGAGACUACAAAUUACUCUCGGAGCGGUUCGGUCACGAUGAAGCAGUCAAGAUUGCAAGAUUCGCUAACCAGACGCUUGAGAAGAUGCACCAGAUCGCCAAUUCUUCAGAGGACCUAAGAGAAGCUAGCGAGGUAAGAAGAACUCAGGACGUGCUUUGCUUCGAGGACGACGAUGCUUUCCUGCAAGCCCAAGAAUCCCAAAGCCUCUACGAGGAGCACGUGCCGGAAGAACGGAACACAGUCCAGUAUUUAACUGCACAGGAGGCCGCAUCGAAGUACAACGUCAAAGCGGCUGCUGGUGCCAUGAUCAUUCAGGCCGGUGCGUUCUGGCCAUACCGGCUCAUCACCAGACUUUGGGCUCACCUGUACGCCAAGCACCGUUCACGACUGUCGAUUGAGACGAACACGCCCGUCACGGAGAUAUCGUACGAUCCAGCCACAAACAGCACGCAUCCAUAUGUUCUCCACACUCCACGAGGCCUUGUUCGCGCGUCCAAAAUCAUUCAUGCCACCAACGGGUAUACCGGACACUUGGUGCCGGGCUUGCGCGGCAAGAUCUACCCUCUUCGCGGCACCAUGUCGACGCAAAAAGCACCUCCAGAGUUUGGCCGGCACGGCCACGGGCGCUCCUGGGGCGUUGUCUCUAGCGGUAACUACGAUGGCACGACUGGUCUCCUCGAGACAGGACUCUACUACGGGAACCAGAAUCCGAAAACUGGGGACAUCUUCUUUGGUGGCGAGAAGGUGAAAAUCAAUGAGGCGCUUGUUAGCGAUGACACGAUUGUAGCCCCUUCCUCUCUCGAAAAUAUCUGCACCGUGCUUCCGAGGUAUUUCAUCAAUGGGUGGAAGGAAGGCGAGGAGCCAGAGGUCAGAAGAGUGUGGUCAGGGAUAAUGGGAUUCACUGCGGAUCGCCUGCCCCUGGUCGGGAGUCUGCCAGUGAGUAUCACAAAGCGUGGAGAAGAACACGGAGAGUGGAUAGCGGCUGGGUUCAACGGGUAUGGCAUGCCUCUGUGUUGGUCGUGUGGUGAAGCCGUCGCGAAAAGACUGCUUGGCCAGGAUGACAGUGACAUUGGCUUGCCCCAGGUUUUCCUCGCUACGGAGGCACGUCUGCAUGAUCAUCAGCGUAUGGCGACUCUCCCGGCGUUGGAAAUGUUGUUCGGUGGACACCCUUAG